AGUCCGGGCUGAAAGCUUGGGGAGUCAAUCUCUAGCUGAGCUGGGGGGUCCUAUCUCCCGAACUCACGAGAGAUACCCCUGCUGGCGCUCUGCAGACGCGGCUGAGUGGUUCAGGGCCCGCUGUCACCCACCCGGAUCGUCCACCACAUCGUCCCCGGAUGCGGUGCAGCCCGCUCCUGCCCCUUCAGCAUUAACCCCCUAAAGGACCUCAAAUCCCCGCUGUGCCUUAGGCAGCAUCACUGAAAAGCCCAGGCGGCCACGUGCUGCGCCGCCACGGCGCGGGAUGUGCGAGGAUGGCUUCGCGAGGUCAACGCUAAGGGAGUCCACCCCCACCCGCGGAAACCGUCACGCGGGACGAGAUCGUUGAGUGUUUUGCAAAAGAAACACUUAAAGGUUAUCAAUUGGACCAGCAGAGAGGUUGGAAGCCCAGUUUAGGAAAGGGGUGGAAAAGAGGCAAGCAAAGGAGAUUCUUCUUUCGAUUUAUGCUAACCAAGCUGCAAAAACCCGCGGGCCCCGCUGCAAUUUUCUGCACUAGAGUACCAAGAGAGCCGGUUCCUCUGAAGCACUGAAGUCGUAAGGAAUGCUGUUGUAAAAAAUUAAUAAUAUGAUGAGGGGUUGUCACAUCUGCAAACUUCCGGGAAGAGUCAUGGGGAUUCGAGUGCUCCGGUUCUCCCUGGUGGUCAUCCUUGUGUUGCUGCUGGUAGCGGGGGCUUUGACCAACUUACUCCCCAACAUCAAAGAAGACAAGAUGCUCACUCUGCGUAGGGAGAUCAAAUCCCCGAGCAAGUCGGCCCUGGAUUCGUUCACUCUCAUCAUACAGACAUACAACAGAACAGACCUCUUACUAAGACUCUUAAAUCAUUAUCAGGCGGUACCGAACCUGCACAAAGUGAUUGUGGUGUGGAACAAUGUUGGAGAGAAGGGACCAGAGGAGUUGUGGAAUUCUCUAGGGCCUCACCCAGUCCCUGUCAUCUUCAAACCACAGACAGCCAACAAAAUGAGAAACCGACUCCAGGUCUUCCCUGAAGUGGAGACCAACGCGGUGUUAAUGGUAGACGAUGACACACUCAUUAGUGCCCAGGACCUUGUUUUCGCUUUCUCAAUUUGGCAGCAAUUUCCUGAUCAGAUUGUAGGAUUUGUACCUAGAAAACAUGUCUCUACCUCCUCCGGUAUCUACAGUUACGGAGGCUUUGAGCUGCAGACACCGGGGCCUGGAAAUGGCGACCAGUACUCCAUGGUGCUCAUCGGAGCCUCCUUCUUCAACAGCAAAUACCUGGAACUCUUCCAGAAGCAGCCUGCAGCCGUCCACGCGCUGAUCGAUGAGACGCAAAACUGUGACGACAUCGCUAUGAAUUUCCUCGUCACCAGGCACACUGGCAAGCCUUCAGGGAUAUUCGUGAAACCCAUAAACAUGGUCAACUUGGAGAAAGAAACCAACGGGUAUUCCGGAAUGUGGCAUCGGGCAGAGCACUUUCUGCAGAGAUCCUACUGUAUAAAUAAGCUCGUUAACAUCUACGAUGGCAUGCCCUUAAAGUACUCCAACAUUAUGAUUUCCCAGUUUGGUUUUCCGUAUGCCAACCAUAAAAGUAAAAUGUGAACUAGAAACAAAGACAAACCCAAAACAUCGCGCUGGGUUUUCAGUGGCUUCUCCAUGUUGUGUGUUUUUUGGUUUUAUUUUUUGUUUUUUUCAAGCAACACCAUGAACUCUUAUCUAGUCCACAAGUCUCUAUAAUAGGAAAAAAAAAAAACAAACAAACACAAAAAACAAAAACAAAACAAAAAAAAA